AUGGAUGAUAUAGAGCGUAUUGGUUCUAUAAAGUACGAGGAAUUUUUUAGAAGCUAUCUGGAGGCAAAUCAACUAUGCAUAUUUUCCAGUGAGCUCACAAAACAUUGGAGAAGUCGGAACGAGUGGGUCUCAAAUGGCAGGCCAAAUCUUGAAUUCCUUUCAAAGACCUUUGGUAAGUCUUGCUGUCCUUCCGUUGCUCGGAAUCAUUUAAGUCUAACUCCUGGAUACAAGAUUUUUGGAAUUGCGCAUGCUUUGCUUGAUGUUGUGCUGGUAUGCACGUGACGUCACGACGGCCAUGUUGCUUGGUGGCCAAGAACAAAAGCAAUUCUUUCCUCUGGGAACUUAGCUCUAUUUUCAUGUAAUUCUUCGAGAAAACAUUGACCCCCAACAUGGCUGCCUUGUCACCUGGUUGCAAACAAAGAAUAGUUUUCAAUUUCGGAUCACCUGGCCAGGAUGACAAUGCUCGGGUGGAGUUGGGUGGGGUGGCAGUGGUUCUGAGAUUGGGGAGGCAGAAGGGUUGUGCCAAGGGGUCUCUCCAUCUCUCUGAUCUCAAGCACUAGUAUAGGGUUAAAAAAAGUCCCCACUUGGUCAGCCAGGAUGGCAAUCACUAUGAUGAUGCUGAUUGUGGUGGUUGUGGUAAUGACAUCAAUGAUGAUAAUGAUAAUGAUGAUGAUGUCGAUGAUGAUGAUGAUGAUGGUGGCAAUGAUGACAGCGACAAAGAUGAUAAUGGUAACAAUGAUGAGGACAACGAUGAUGACCAUGACGAUAAAAUUGAUAAUAACAAUAUUGGGUAUUCCUUUACUAGGUCAUGCAGUGGCACCGGUAGCAAAUUGCUGUCAAGCUGAAUACCGCAGUCAAGUCAAACAAGAUAUGAAUUUGAAAGAGUUUUGUGAUUACUGGAAUAAGAAGUCAGGGGGUAGGUCACCAUGAACACUCUAUAAAAUGACAUAAUGUCAUUCUAGAAUGUCUGUAAAUACAUAGCUGUGAGCAAGUUAUAGCUCAAGUCCAUUUUUUAGGUCAGAAACAAUCGUGGAAGUUACAAUAUUUUGUUUCAGCUUUCAAAUGCCUCCAGAUGUGUGAAAUCUUUUUCAGUUAUGUCUUAUGACUAUGCACAUUUUGCAGGGAAAUAAAUAAAUUGAAAAAUAAUUAUUAGAGUUUUUUUUAUACAGGUGAUGAGAAAUGCACGGAGAUAUUGUAUCUUAAGGACUGGCAUUUUUGUAAGUAAGUCAAAGUCCUUAUAUAAAUUUGAGAUUAAAAGUUGUUCAAUGAGGAAGCAACAGUAUUUUGUCAAGAUAAAGUAAAUGUUUUUGAAAACGGGGGUUGGUACAACUGCACAAAAAUAAGUUAACUUCAGCAACAGCUUUUCCAAAGGGCAAGUGAUUUUUUUAUUUUCAUCUCAUGAUCGAGUUUUGGCCAUCUUACCACAAACAGCAAACUGCAGUUUGCAGUUAGUGGGUUCACAUUAACUGUCUGCCCAUAUUUGGAACUUAAGAUUUGUGGGUGGUAGCUCGUGGCUGCCAUGUUUGUUUUCCUUCAUUAGUUUACAUCUAUGUUAGGUGAGAAAUCGUUCUCAAAAUUAUAUUUCUUUGAGAAAGAAUUUAUUAAUAAGUGAACGAGUUCUAAAAAGUAGUAUUCUGUGGGAUUGUGAUGUUUUAGGGUGCAAAAAAACCUUGCAGUAAAUCACUAACUUCUAGAGUGUGGUCUAGCCAUACAAUUGUGAACCUGACUGCAAGGCACUGGUCUCGUGACUUCUUGAUAUUCGUGGUUUGUGGGGAAUGCUGAAAAACCUCUAAUAUUGUAAUGACCUAGCCAGAUUAAUCAACAGUUUGCUGGACGUGUUCACAUACAACUUGCAACAUACAGACUGAUUCCUUCUUUUUGAAACUUUGAUUACCUUAAAGGGUCUUUCCCUCAUACAAGGCUUAUGAAACACCUGUCUAUUUCAAAUCUGAUUGGUUGAAUGAGUUCUGGGACCAGCGAAGUGACGUGGCUGAUGACUAUCGAUUUGUGUACAUGGGACCUAAAGGCAGCUGGUAAGAAUGCAACUUGUUUUGCAACAUUGCUGCAAAACAAGUUGAAAAGCAAAGUUGUGCAUUUUGCUGCCCACUUUCAAUCCUGUCUUCGGACAAAUCAGGUUGUCGUAGUGUGCGAAGAGUUGUUGCAGAAAGUAGAAAGUAGUUGUACUUUUUGCAACAAAAUCUCUACUUGUUGCGCGUUUUACGGGCUCAAGACAAACUUUUUUUGCAGCCAAUGACAUAACUCCUGUGUAUGGUGUAACCCUGUGUAAUUUCAUCCAAUCAGAAUUUAGGUAUGUACAAAACAGGCAGUAAACUGAUUUGUUGCAAGAUAGGUUCGAAUGUGGGUGGUAGAAUUCACAACAACUCUUUUUGACCUGUUUUGUAGCAAUGUUUUGAAGCAAGUUGCACUUUUUAGUUGCCUGUUUUACAGUAUUUUGGAAAGGGGAUUGUUAGCAAUCCAAUAUUUUUAAUUCAAAAUGUUGCCAAAAUGGUAUUAUAACAGGUGAAUGAAAAAUUCUUGAUUUGUCCAACUUGGUCAGGGAAUACCCAACAAAUUAGGGAGCAUUGCCCUUCGCUAGUCAGGAUAAAUUUAAUCUCUUGUUUGUAAACAACAAUAUUAUUAUAAGAGUAUCACCAACAAAGGCAUUGUCAUGAAGUGUAUAGAAUAUUUUAGCAGGCAGAGAUCUUAGAGUAAUAAUGUCAGAUGUUAGAUAAUGUCUGAAUCCUCCAUAUAAUGAUAGUGACAACAAUAAUAAUGAUAAUGGUCAUGAUAUUGAUAAUGAUAACUUUAUUAAUGUGUCAGUUUACAGUUAUAACUGACUAAUUAGAGACACCUACCUACUUAUGAAUCAAUAAUACAUAAUGUACUCAUAGACUAUUACACAUUUUCAUGUAUUUACAUAAAUUGCUUUUAUGUUUGUCAUUUCUAGGACACCUUUUCAUGCAGAUGUUUUCAGGUAAAAGGCUAAAUUGGCUUGUCAUUAUCCAUUGUGUGAAGUUACGACUUCCCUUAAAGCCCUUAUAUCCACAUACUAAUUCUCAAACCAGGGGCAAGUUUCAAGACCAGCACCUUUUUGGCUGGGAAGCAUUAUCACAAUCCCAAAAAAGAAUUGUGGCCUUUGUUACUUCUCUUCAGGCCACCAGUGAAAAUCAGCACCACUUUUGAUGUUGCAAUGUUAUGCACAGUAGGGUGAUGUGCAGGGCAAAACAAAGGAAUUGCCUUAAGUUGUACAGUUAUUUUUCAAAGAAAUUCCACUCCAAGGGCAUUAUUAUUCUUGAUCCUGUAUAUGCUCAUUUUGAAGGUCUUACAGCUGGUCUGCAAACAUUUGUGGCUGUAAGAAGUGGCUGAUCUACCCACCGGGACAAGAGAAAUAUUUGACUGACAGACUGGGUAACCUGGCUUAUGACUUAACAUCAGAUGACAUGAAUGACAAGCAACAAUUUCCAGAGUUGGCAAAAGCUUCAAAGCCAAUCACUGUCAUACAAAGGGAGGGAGAAGUCAUAUUUGUUCCAAGGUAUAGCUUAUGCUGUGUUUUGUCACUUUAAGACUCUGUUAGAAACCUCUAAAUUAUAUCAUCAGUCACUUUAAAAUGGAUACAUUCACUCAUUAGAAGCCAUCACUUUUAUUAUUUAUAAAAUGUGUUUUGUUUUUUACUUUUGUUUCAGUGGUUGGCACCAUCAAGUGAUAAACUUGGUAAGUCUUUUGUCCCAACAAGACAAGAUCAUGUUAUGGAGUAAGUUUACUAAAACAGUUCUAGUAUCACAAAUGAGAAAAUUUGGUCUGUGAUAUAUGAUGGUUCGCAAAAGGUGUGACAAGGGGAGGGGGGACAGGGAGUCCAAAUCUCCCGCCUCCAGUGCCUUGCAUUCCCGACUCCCGCCCCUUUUUGCUUGGACUCCUACUUUUAGCCUUUUUUCCUUAUAUUGCAAAAUGUUAAGCAUUGUUUCAUAAUUUCCCUCUUUUCUCCCACUUCCCAACAUUUUAUAACUCCCAACUCCCACCUUUCCUCUCCCACCUGCUGUGUCCCUACUGGCCCAUAUUCUCCGGAUUUCCCACCCUCCUGCCCUCCUCCAUGUGAUAGCAAGUGUUUAGCAAUUUGAGGAUGAUGUACUCUGCAUAAGGCCACAGUUCGUUUGUACUUGUUAGUCCAAUAUUCAUUUUUGUUGAACACAUCUUGAAAUAAUGUGGAUGUUGAACCAAGUUAAAUUUGGUCUACGUUCAAGUAGCUGUCUAAACAGGCCUAAAGAACCUUUUUUUCCUACAAAGUCAGUCAGAAGCGAAAAUGUAAUAAUCACUCCCCUGUUAUUGUUUUUUUUUUCCUUAGGAAGACACCAUUUCUAUAAAUCAUAACUGGGUGAACGCUUGUGGAGUUUUAAAAAUGUGGGAACACAUACAAUGUGAACUGGUGAAAGUAAGUAAGGCCCAGUUCAAACGUCGCAUUUCACCUUUGCUGAAUCAAAUGAGCGGGAACAAUAGAUUUUCCUCAUUAAAAUUGAGAUCCCAGGGGCACCCAACGAGGAUACAGUUCAAAACCACUUAACAUAGCAUUGUUGAACGUAUUUUAGUAUUUAAACGGUAGAUAUAGGCAUAUUUUUAUCCCCUAAAAACUUUUCAUCUGUUCGGAUUUCCUAGCUGAAAGUCUAGUGAUCCGAAAAUUAUACGGAUCAAAACUUACCUUCUCGAAAAUUUCAGCCAGGAAAAGGGUUCCGAAAAUUCUAGGUGGCCUUUUUUAGGGUCAAAAUCCGUUAAAAAUGGGUAAUUAUACCCUUUUUUUAGAUGUUCGAAAGUCCUAGGAGAGGCAGGCAAGCAAGAAAUUUUACAACAAAUGCUCCGAAAAUUCUAGAUCUCAAAUCGUCUUCCGAACAGAUAUUUUCGCGAAAAUUGCCGUUGGGUGCCCCUGAGAUCCCGACCACACGCAUCUGAAUGUUUCUGAAAACGGAGAUUUUUUCUCGGUUUUAGCCUUCCGUCCACACGUAAACAGCGUUUUCGCACACCAAAAACGCAGGUUUUCGUAAACGGUCCCCAGAGUGGAUUUUCUUUUAAGCGCCGGCUUGUUAGGGAGCUUAAGCAACAACGACAGCGACGGCUACGGAAACGUCACGGCGUAAAAAGUGAAUUCAAUUUGCGCUACUUCAAACUUGUGAAAUGGAGAUAUCAAAGUUCGUAAGUCCCUUUCUUCAACCACAGGUAAACCAGGCUCUGUUAUAGUACCACAGUACGAUUCCUGUAAAAUUACGUUAACGGUGUUUGUAUCGCAUAAAUUUUCAAUCCUAAAAUUUGUAGGAAAUACCAAAUAGAAGUCAGUGAAACUUACCCUGCGGUUAGUUGUUGUUUUCCUUGACUAUUGUUGUUGUUGUGCUUGACAGUUUCUCACAUUUUUUAUCGUUUGAAACGUUUCUGUAGGUAAAACAGAGUAUUGAGGACUGCAAAGACAUGGAACAUUGGCAUCAGCAGUGCCAGGUAUUGUAAAGUACCUUUCGUAAUGUUAAAUAGGAUAACAAAUUUGGACAUUUCUAAGUUACGUCGCCCGAAAUUUUUAUGCUGAGUUAUGUGGCUGGUAAUUUUAUCAUGCACAACAACAUCCUUGCAUCCUUAUUACACAUUAAUCGCGCUUGUUUCUUCUCAUGGAAGAUUAAAGAACGAGAUAUAGUACUCAUUCAUUUUAUCGUGCUUGAUUCGUUGUUCAUCAAAGGUUAAAGAGUGAGAUAUUUUACACAUUUAUAGCGCUUGUUUCUUCUCAUCAUUGCUUAAAGAACGAGGUAUGCUACAAAUUCAUUCCUCUUGUUUCGUCUCAUGAUGGUUUGAAUAACGAGACUUGAAAAACACACAUUCUAUAUAUUUAACACAAAUCAACUUUGUUUCUCUGUGCACUUCACCUGAUAAAAUUCGGGCGACAUGAUUCAGCGUGGGCGAGAAACGUAUGAUCCCAGUGGAUCAUUAUACGUUCUUGGGAACUGCCUACCUAUCCCUCCUUUUAAGCCAACAGUAAUACUACUUACGCAAGGAGUUUAUAUAUGGUUGGUAGGACGCACGGUAAGCGUUGCUGAAAGAGUAUUGAAUGUGUAUUUUUAACUACAUGUUUUCAACAGCAUUUUUAGUGUCAGUCGACUCACUUACACAGGGUGUGAUCGAAACUAAAAGGCGAAGCAAAAGAGUGUAAGGACAAUAUACAAUACUACACCGCACACAACACAACGACUGAUCGAGAAUGGUUUGCCAACAUCAUGAAAUAUCUGAUGUCUGUUUUCUUUGUAGAACUUUUCAAUGCAUGCAUUCAAAAGGUUGUUUACUAAUAACUUUUCCAUGUCGCGUUAGCUAAAUUGUUACUUUAAUAUCUAAUAUAAAGAUUUAGCCAGGGCUUAAAGCCAAGCUCUCGAUAAUAUUUAUAGUUUGCUUAAACAAAAUAUAAAAUCGUGUAACGCUAAGCAGCGAAGGAAACGAGGACGGUGAAAAAACAACAAUUAGGUCUAAUUAGCAAAAAAGAAACUUUGCACGUGCAGCACACUUUUUUUGUAUAUUUCUUUGCCGUUGUUUUGCACGACUACAACAUGAAACUUCCAGAAACUUCGUAGUUACACGUUUUAUGGAGGAAAUGUCGAACGUGUUCUUGUUCACUCUUUUUUCACCGCCGCUUAUUUUCACCUUGGUGGUCGCUAGCAUUUCUCAUUUUCUCACCGCCUGUACGAAAUUUUCAUGUUGUACUCAUAAAAAAUGUCUCCUAUGUUUUUUUAUCUCUCGCUCUAGCCCUCUGUCGCUCUUUUUUUAGUUGAGUUUCGGUGGCCUGUCGCCUACUUCCUCUUUUUCUCUGUCUUUCUCUUUCUCUAUAUUCCAAAUUUGUGGACAUGACUCAGAGAUUAACCUAAGCUUAAUACUUUAGACAACACGGGUGCAGACACAAUUUCUGCUUUCCGUUUUCUUCUUUAUUGACUCUUGAGUUGUCUCUGCUUCACAAAACGCGGUUGGCUACGCGAUUUCCCGCCAAAAUAACCACGAGUUGCAUUUGGGUUGCCAUACCUGUUGAUUGAGUUAUUUUACAUUGGUACGUCUCUGGAGCGGACGGACGGGCGGUCGGUCGGACGUACGGUCACGUGAUUACCAGAAUUUCUCAGAUGGAUAGAUUACCACCUUUUCGUAUGUAUUGGGCUACCUCGCGCGCGUGAAGCUCCGCUAAUAGACCUUUUUAGGGCCUGUUUACAUUGAGGUGGGGGACCCCAGGUAGGUGAGGUAACCCGCCUGUCCACAUAAUCUCUCAUUCUAAUUUGAUCACGUUUACAUGAUAGGUGAGGUGACCCGCCGCAUGUUACCUCACCUAUCUAGGAUACCCCACCUCCAUGUAAACAGGCCCUUAGCUUGUAUGUUUUUUUCCAAUUUCAAACCAUUUGAUGUUAACCCAGAGAAUUGUUUCUUUCAAAUAUCGCGCUAUCCACGUGCGUAUGUCGCCAUAUCCACGUGCGUAUGCGUACGCAGCUAAUACAAAGACAAGAGGCAAAUUCCCUUGAUAAUAACACGUGGUCUGAAUUGGGAGAACAAAAACCUACAAGCCAAAAAGGUCUAUUAAACUUUUUAACGCACGUGCAAUUGCCGUUGCCUAAAUGCACGUCCACGCCAAAGAGUUUCUUUAUAGCACGUGUUGAAUUGUUUCCCUGCUAAUUGAAUUCGCAAGCAGCUGUUCAUUUUUGUGCCGAUUCAGCGUCUCGCCUUGGAGUGGUGGUUGUAUGCGUCUUUUCAGGAAAUUAAAUUUUUCUUACUCCAUUCAAACUGAGUGUACCGGAUGGCUUCUCGUGUCGGCACCAAAAGCAAUCCGAUGUAGUAUGAACAGUAACGGCGCACAACUAGAACAAGUCGUUCACACACAUUGAACAUCGUGCCGGUGCAGUUGGCCGUGAGAGUUUGGUGAGCUAAAUCCCACUCGUCACUCCUAAAUUCCAGUCCUUUUUCCAACUACCGGGUACUUCACUUCCGCUACGAUAUGUGACGGUCCACUUUCCUGAUCGGCGCAGCGCUGCUCCGCUCCGUUAGAGAAAUCCACCUGGAAAUCGCGCCGAAAUCAUCGUUGUUAAGUGUAAAUAGAAGCCAUACCCGUGUCGUCCGAGCUGGAAAGUCUUUUGGACUCACAACAUCUUUUUUGUGUCAGGUCAUUUUAAGGGCAAGCUGUGGAAUAGAUUACCGAGAGUUCAUCGAAUUUCUUGACGCUGUCGCAACGAGAAGGAUAUUUACCAUGUCAGAGGCAGGUUUCGAUUGGAACCGCGAAGGAAAAGACCGCAAAGAUGAGACUUCUUUGAAAACCACAAACUUAGUGAGCUCCGUUUUUCAAGACUGGAAAAAUUCAGUGAAAGGUUUCGAAGGACAGGAACAAAGAACUCUAAAGGACUAUUGCAGAUAUGAUCUCAUCAAGAUAAAAGAAUGCCUCGUGAAGGUGAAAAGUGACCAUUCCUUUAUGGAAUUGCAAAAUGAGGAUCUUCAUCUCAAACUUGACAAGCUACUUAAUGAUAUUGACAAAUGUCUAAAGAAAACAGAAAGAUAA